AUGAGCACGGACAAGCAGAACAAGCAGGUGCCGGAGUGCCCCGGAUCUCUGUCCCCAUCCAAAGACCACCAGAAACCCCCGAGGAUGCCCAAGUGCUCCCGCUGUAGGAACCACGGCUACGUGUCUCCUCUGAAGGGCCACAAGCGCUUCUGCAACUGGAGGGACUGCCAGUGUCCCAAAUGUAAACUGAUAGCUGAGAGGCAGAGAGUCAUGGCGGCCCAGGUCGCCCUGAGGCGGCAGCAGGCUCAGGAAGAGGAGCUUGGGAUUUGUAGUCCGAUGGCUCUGUCCGGUCCCGAGGUGAUGGUGAAGAAUGAAGCUGCAGCAGAUUGCUUGUUCUCUGAGGAGGGAGGAGCUCCUUCACCGACUCCUUCUUUUGCUGUCACAGGCAGCCGGUCAGCUUUGUCUCCCAGCCCGUCAGCUGGUGCCCGGGCUCACAGCGAGGGAUCGUCAGACCUGCUGCUGGAGACUUCCUAUUACAACUUCUACCAGCCGUCACGCUACCCAGCCUACUACGGCAACCUGUACAACUACCAGCAAUACCAGCAGAUGCCUCAUGUUGAUGGCCGCCUGUCCAGCCACAACAUGUCCUCUCAGUACCGCAUGCAUUCCUACUACCCAGCAGCCACCUACCUGACUCAAGGCCUGGGCUCCAGCACCUGCGCGCCGCCCCUCUUCAGCCUGGACGACAACAACAACAACAACAUCAACUGCUCUGAGACCAUGGCAGCCUCAGCCUUCUCACCCAGCAGCACCACCACAGGUCACGACUCCUCCAUGACCUGCAGGUCCCUCAUGGUUAACUCGAAUGUCAACGAGUGUGACGCCGGCGGCGAGACGCCAAACUUCUCCGUGGGCUCCAUCAUCGAUGGUGACGCCACCAAAUAAGCAAAGCUAAGGACGAUAUCAUGCGUAAACUUGGAUGUUCUUGCGAAAGCAUUUCAUGGUUCAGUGUUGCUGAAAGGUUUCUCUGUUUCUGUCCCGGAGGCACGAUAUCGUCUAUGGUUGUCCAGGUUGUUUUCCUAUUUUUAGUUCAUUUUUAGCUGUUAAA